AUGAAUCCCGACGACUACGAUUUGAGUACAUCGGAUGGCUGCAGACGGGCCUUGACUCGAGCCUUGUUCGAUGCCGUUAAUGAAGCCAAGGCGGAAUGCUUGGCACAAAUGCAGCGGGAGGAGGCGGCGGCGGAGGCGCGGGUCCCUCGGACGUUUGUCCCCCACGAGCACGACGUAACGCACGAACGUCUGUUCGCAGAUUAUUUUGCCGAGAAUCCAAUUAUCGGGAAGACGCGACCGGCAGACCCGGACUUACGCCGUUGCAGAAGUGCACGGUUGCGAUCCCAGUUGGCCUACGGCACAACAGCGGAUAUGUUCGACGAGUACCUUCACGUCGGGGAUACAACUGGCCGCGAAUGUCUCAAGAAAUUUUGUAAGUUAGUUGUGGAGGCUUUUGGCGACACAUAUUUGCGACGCCCGACUGCUGAUGAUUGCCAGAGCCUGAUGCGGAUGCACGAGACGUUGCACGGCUUCCCUAGGAUACUAGGGAGCAUUGACUGUAUGCACUGGCCGUGGAAGAACUGCCCGACGGCCUGGAGAGGCCAAUUUACUAGCGGCUACAAGGGCAACCACCCGACGAUGAUCUUAGAAGCCGUCGCUGACCACCGCCUCUGGAUCUGGCAUGCCUACUUUGGUGUAGCUGGGUCGAACAACGACAUCAACGUCCUCAACUCGUCCACCCUAUUCGCCGAUCAGUGCAGGGGUCGCGGUCCGGCCAUUCAGUUCACUGCCAACGGCCUCACACAUCAUAUGGGGUACUACUUGGCCGAUGGUAUAUACCCAAGGUGGCCUGUUUUUUUGAAGACGAUCAACUGCCCAAUUGGUGAGAGGAGAGUCUUGUUUGCGGCAAAGUAG